AUGAGCGGUAUAUGGAGGCUAUUGAAGCGCAAAGCAUCACGACGAAAACAGUCAGAAAAGACAUCAGGUCUGCUCGACGGCGCUAGCGAACCAUCUACGCCAACCACCAAUGGAUGCCAGCCGGAUCCAUAUUGGGAACCACUCACAAAAGACGAGAUCUUGGCAGAUCUUCGUGUCGAAUAUGAAGCCACUGAGGAAGAUGAAGUCGAGCCAGGGUCAGCAGCAGGAAAAGCGAUGCGGCAGAAAGAAGAAGUGAUUUCACCAGCGACGUAUUCAAAGUCCGAGAUUAUCUUAGCAGAACCCGUUAAUAGAAUCUGGCUUCCUCAUAGUGCCUCAACUCCCGUUGAUGACAGUCGAGAGAUCACUAACCUCGAAGCGGGAUCUGACUCUGUCAAAAGGUCGUACAUGUCCAUCAUUCCGAGCACUAUUCAGAUGCUUGAUGCAAGAACAACAUUGUUUGUAUGGGCCGCAAAUUUCCAUCCCGCGAUAGGCCGCCGUUUUUCCAGCGUUAUCGCAUCCGUUAAGUUCACGCCUGCCCCGCCGAACUCUAAAUUACAGGCGUCGUCAAAGGCAAGGCAAGCGCUGAGGUCCGCAAAUCCUAACAUCGUUGCGCAUGCUCCCCACAAGUCUUUUGGGGCGACAUCAUCCGAGCAGCGGAAUAUAUCCUGGGGCCUCGAACUGCCACUUAGCGUUCCAGUCGGACCAGUCUCUCUUGGCGUGACUCCAUCGGGUCAAUCGGAGACGCAGAAGCAAGUGCAGCACGCCUUUACGAUCACCGGUACGGCUCGAGGCACACCAACAAGAAACUGCUGCGUUUGGACAGUCGAGGAAAAUCGCUCUACUGAGCGGGGUAUUCCUUCGGAGCUCCAACUUGCUGCUCUAGUGCAAUAUGCAGGUCCGAUGAUUAUGGAGAUUGAUAUCACAGGUCGAACGGCUGGUGGCUUCCUCCCCAGUCACGACUUGAGACCCAAGACAACGGCUAUGGGCCGGAAGAAAAUUGUUGAUCCAAAAAAAUUCAAGGACAUGCUCUUUGAGUUCGACUUUGGGAAUGACGAUGCGAUUCAAGCGUGCAAAAAAAUGCUUGAGAAGUGGACUGGAAAGGUUGACGGCGCGGUACUAGAGUUUGACCAGCCUAUAGCAAGGGCUUGA